AUGCCACCCAUUCGUUUCGGAAUCUUAAUGGUUCCUUACCAAACCCUCGACGUCGCCGGGCCAGUGGACAUCCUCUCCUCAUGCUCGCGACCGUACCUCGAAGUCAUGGAAAGGGACGGUCAGGUCUCCAAAGACACUGCAGCAGCCGGCCUCGACAUUGAAUUUUACUACGUUGGUAGUGAGCUGAAGCCCGUUCAACAUACCGGAAACCUUCAGUCACUGCCGACAACCACCUGCGACACGUGUCCACCUCUCGACUAUCUUUUAAUCGGUGGACCAUCGCCGGGCUACCGCCUUUCGGAGUGUUAUGAAUCAUUCAUUCGACGUCGAUCUCAGGAGGUCAAGGCAAUAUUUACAACUUGCACAGGCGCUUUGCUGCUGGCCCAAACGGGGCUACUUGAUGGCCGUGAUGCCACCGUCAACCACGUGCUUCUGCCACAGGCCCGGCUACUGUACCCAAAAGUCCAUUGGAAUGAAUCCCAGCAGUGGGUCACAGACGGAUGCUUCUGGACUGCCUCUGGGGCAUGCGCGGGGAUGGAUAUGUUUGCCCACUGGAGACAUCCACAGGCAGCAUUUGACUACAAUUCAGUGAAGCAAGAGGCAUCCAUUCUCUUGUGA